AUGGACACCCAGAUGCUCACUCCCGACACUCCGGGGUGGUCUCCUUCAUGCCGCAGUACCUUCCCCUUCGAGUCUCCCGAGGGCCCCAAGUCAGAGACUUGGGACUUCUCCCACGAUGGAUACUAUCCCAUCACCCCUCCCACAGAGGAGUGCGAGUCCGACGAGGAGCUCGCAACCAUUGCGAGCUCUGUUGAUCUCGAGGCGGAGCUGCUGGUGGCCGUCAUCGGCGUUGGAUACGUUGGAGAGCACCUCGUGGGCAACUUCGCUCGCAAGUUCAAUGUUCUCGGCUUCGAUGUCUCGGAGGCGCGCGUGCAGAGCCUCGAGAAGCAUUUCGGCCCGGAUAGCAAGGCCAAGUUCACCUGCAAGCCCAGCGACAUGGCGGCGGCCACCCACUUCCUCAUCUCAGUCCCCACGCUCUUGCGCCCAGACCAAACCAUCGACUCGUCCUUCCUGAGAUCCGCCCUCAAGAACGUCGCCACAUACGCCCGUCCCGGCUCAGUCGUCGUCGUCGAAUCCUCCGUCGCGGUCGGCAUGACCAGGGAGCUUCUCGGGCCCCUGGCGAAGGAGCGUCAUUUUUUCGCCGGCAUGUCCCCUGAGCGCGUCGACCCUGGCCGCGUCGAGCCUCCUGCCUUCGCCAUUCCAAAGAUUGUGUCCGGCUUGGACGACAUGGUCCCUGGUUCGCUGAACGCCAUUGUCCGCCUCUACUCGCAGGUUUUCGACCAUGUCGUGCCCGUGUCACGACCCGAGGUCGCCGAGAUGACCAAGCUGUACGAGAACUGCCAACGCAUGAUGUGCAUUGCAUUCGCAAACGAGAUGGCCGAUGCUUGUUUGGGACAUGGCGUCGACCCAUACGAAGUGUCUGGUGCGGCGGCGACCAAGCCGUUCGGAUACAUGCCGUUCACGCCCAGUCUCGGUGUCGGCGGUCACUGUAUCCCUGUCAACCCGUACUACCUUCUGUCCAACAGCCAGUUCCCUCUCCUUCAGCACGCAACGGAGAAGAUGCGUGCCCGCCCGGCGGCCAUUGCCCAGCGCGCGGUCGAGACGCUGUGUGCCGAGAAGCUGCGGCCCAGUGUCCUCGUCGUCGGCAUGGGGUUCAAGAAGGGCCAGUCCCACCUGGCCAACUCGCCCGGUCUCGAGCUCGCAAAGAGUCUCGUGCUGACGGAGAAGGUCGAUGUUUGCUGGGCCGAUCCCCUCGUCAAACAGGAGGCGGUGCCGCAGAUCGCCCGUCUGGAUGUCGAGGACUGGAACGUCAAGUCGCUCGAGCAGCGCUUCGACAUGAUCAUCGUUGCGUUCCGGCAAACAGGGUUGGAAUUUGACGUCCUGAACCGGCUCGAAGGGACUCGUGUCGAGAUGUGGUGCAACUGA